GGCAAGAAGCGCCGGAUGACGUACUUCCUGCCCGGGAAGCAACCUCUUUCCUGGGCUGCCCCUGGAGAGGCGGGGAGGUUUGGUGUGACGGGAAAGGAGGCACACAGGAGCUGGACACUGAGCCUUCCGGUAUCCCCCCCUCCCUACACAACCCGGGGGGAGAGAGAGUGAGAGAGGAUCCGGAACGCUGUACUGCAGAGCUGUGCUUCCCGCCCGGACCGAGUUUGCGGGUGCACAAUCCCAUUGCGGCCGAGGAGGAGGAUGAAGCCUGGGGAGAGGCGGCUGUAAGAAACACGGAGAGCAAAAUGCAGAGAGCCAUGGAGGGGAAGCCCGGCCUGCAGACCGUCUACCAGGCCGUGCAGGCCCUCUACCAUGACCCGGAUCCCAGCGGGAAGGAGAGAGCCUCGCUGUGGCUGGGAGAGCUGCAGAGAUCGGUGUAUGCAUGGGAGAUCUCUGACCAAUUGUUACAGAUUCAUCAGGAUGUCGAGUCCUGCUAUUUUGCUGCACAAACCAUGAAGAUGAAAAUUCAGACAUCAUUUUAUGAGCUGCCCGCAGACUCCCAUUCUUCCCUGCGGGACUCCUUGUUAUCACAUAUCCAGAACUUGAAGGACAUGUCUCCUGUUAUUGUAACUCAGCUGGCUUUAGCAAUAGCAGAUCUUGCCCUGCAGAUGGCUUCCUGGAAAGGCUGUGUACAAACGCUUGUAGAAUCCUAUGGUAAUGACCCAGCAUCAUUGUCCUUCCUCUUGGAGAUUCUUACUGUGCUACCAGAAGAAGUCCAUAGCCGAUCUCUGCGUAUUGGUGCUAACCGGCGAUCUGAGAUCAUUGAGGACUUGGCUUAUUAUUCUAGUACUGUAGUGUCUCUUCUGAUGAAUUGUGUGGAGAAAGCAAUGGACAAUGAAAAGAUGCUGAUUAAGACAUUCAAAUGUUUAGGCAGCUGGUUUAACUUGGGGGUCCUAGACAGCAAUUUCAUGGCUAACAACCGUCUCUUGAUGCUGCUCUUCCAGGUCCUGCAACAGGACCAAACAUCGUCCAAUUUACAUGAAGCUGCAUCUGACUGUGUGUGUUCCGCACUCUAUGCCAUUGAAAGUAUUGAGACUCACCUUAGCCUAGGAACACAGCUAUUCCAGGGAGUGCUCACACUUGAAGUGGCCUAUCACAUGGCAGUGGCACGAGAAGACAUGGACAAGGUGUUAAAUUACUGUAGGAUGUUUACGGAGCUGUGUGAAACCUUUUUGGAGAAAAUUGUGUCUACCCCAGGGCAUGAUCUUGGAAACCUGCGAACCCUGGAACUUCUCCUAAUCUGUGCUGGCCACCCACAGUAUGAGGUGGUUGAAAUCUCCUUUAACUUUUGGUACAGACUUGGAGAACAUCUUUAUAAAAUAAAUGAUGCCGUGCUGAAUAGUAUCUUUAAACCAUAUAUACAACGGCUUCUCCAUGCCUUAGCUAGGCACUGUCAGCUUGAUCCAGACCAUGAAGGGGUUCCUGAAGAAACGGAUGACUUUGGAGAGUUCCGUAUGCGAGUUUCCGACCUGGUAAAGGACCUGAUCUUUCUGGUGGGCUCCAUCGAAUGUUUCUCUCAGUUGUAUUCCACUCUGAAAGAUGGAAAUCCACCUUGGGAAGUCACAGAGGCUGUGCUGUUUAUAAUGGCUUCCAUAGCUAAAAGUGUAGAUCCGACAGGAAGUAGAGGUAAAUCUCCCCAACGGAACAUAAGCCAAAAAUCUGACAGAGAGAACAAUCCAACUUUGCUAGAAGUCCUAGAUGCAGUAGUCCGACUUCCCGAGACUGUUCACAUUGCUGUGCGCUACACAAGCAUAGAGCUGGUAGGGGAGAUGAGUGAGGCGAUUGACCGAAACCCUCAGUUUCUUGAUCCUGUGUUGUCCUACCUAAUGAAGGGCUUGUGCCAGACAUCCUUGGCUACGCCUUCUGCCAAAGCCAUUCAGAACAUUUGUUGUGUCUGUCGGGACCACAUGGCACAUCACUUUAAUGGGCUUCUGGAAAUCGCUCGGUCUUUGGACUCCUUCUCAUUGCCACCAGAGGCUUCUGUAGGACUUCUAAAAGGCACUGCACUGGUCCUUGCACGUCUACCUCUGGACAAGAUCUCCGAAUGCUUGAGCGAGCUGUGUGCUGUCCAGGUUGAAGCCCUCAAGAAGCUCCUCUCCCAAGACCCUAAUAAUGGCUUGUCCUCUGACCCCACGCUAUUUCUGGACCGACUGGCAGUCAUCUUCAGGCACACCAUUCCCUCGGUAGAAAAUGGACAGACCCACCCAUGCCAAAAAGUCAUCCAAGAACAGUUUCAAUCUCAGAUAUGGCCCGUCAUGUCAGAGACUUUGAACAAGCAUCGUGCCGACAACAGAAUUGUGGAACGAUGUUGCCGAUGUCUUCGCUUUGCUGUGCGCUGUGUUGGAAAAGGAUCUGCUGCACUCCUACAGCCUCUUGUCACACAGAUGGUUAAUGUCUACCAGAUUCACCAACAUUCAUGUUUCCUAUAUCUGGGUAGCAUCUUGGUGGAUGAGUAUGGGAUGGAGGAAGGUUGCCAACAAGGAUUGCUUGAAAUGUUGCAGGCUCUUUGUAUUCCUACAUUUCAACUCCUGGAGCAGCAAAAUGGACUUCGUAAUCACCCAGACACUGUUGAUGACCUUUUCAGGCUCUUUACCAGGUUCGUACAGCGAUGUCCCAUUGUCCUUCUGAGAAGUCAGGUGCUAGUGCAUGUCUUGCAGUGGGCAAUUGCUUCCACUACAUUAGACCACCGAGAUGCCAACUGUAGUGUCAUGAAGUUUCUGCGUGAUCUUAUACACACUGGGAUAUCCAAUGAUCACGAGGAGAACUUUGAAGUGCGGAAGGAUCUGAUUCAGCAAGUAAUGAAUCAGUUUGGGCAACAGCUGGUCAGCCAGAUUCUCCAUGCUUGUUGUUUCUGUCUCCCACCCUAUACAUUGCCUGAUGUGGCUGAAGUUGUGUGGGAAAUGAUGAUAUUUGACAGGCCGAUGUUUUGUAGAUGGCUGGAAACGGCAUUGAAGGGUCUACCAAAGGAGACAUCGGGAGGAGCAAUUACAGUAACACAUAAGCAGUUAACAGAUUUCCACAAACAAGUAACAAGUGCUGAGGAAUGUAAGCAAGUGUGUUGGGCUCUCAGAGAUUUCACCAGGUUAUUCCGAUAGCUGCGCUCCUAAACCACCUUGCCUGUCCUCUUUGUGAAGACAGGUUACCAGCUCAGACAGCACCUCCAGAACCGAGAACCAUUGUGGAUUGGCUUCUAUAACCCCCAAGCGUGUGAUGCCAAAAGGGGGACGCAGAGUGAAAGAAACGGCUGGCAGGCGAGUUUGAGGACAGCGUCCCUGUGUGUAGCGUGCUGAAGAUGAUGUAACAAAACUGGGAAGAAAGAGAGUGUGAAAACUCAACCCCUUCACUUCUGAGCGGGGGCAAAUGUUCUAUAAGAGCUGUGUUAAAAGGUUUGUCUAAAAGGUCUAACCCACAGCAAUAAGGCACUCAGUGAACAGGUGGUGCCAGAUGUGUCCCAACAUCCCAAUCCCCCUACAGUGCCACAUUGUCUAAGUCUAGACCUCGGGGGUGAAGGGGUUCUAACGGCAAUGCCCAAGCAUCAAAUAUGCAUUUUGUUAUGGGAAGGAUCGGGAAUUGGGAGGUGGUGUCGACGGGUUUAGAGCUUUCCUUGAUGGACUCAUUUUAAAAUAAAAUAAAAAAAUUGAAAAAUAAGAAAAAAACUGCAAUUACAAAAAAAAAAUAUAUAAAAAAAAAAAAAAAGAAACUAAAAGCCGUCAGAUAAAAUCACUGGUUGGCGGAGUUUAAAUUUGCGUGGAUGCAAACUGAGAAAAUAUGCAGCUAAACUUUCUGUGAAAUGGAAAAAAAAGUAAAAUGUGCAAAAUAAAACUAAGUAAAAACAGGA